UAGCAAUACGGAGUGACAAAAUUUGAAAUUCAAACCGAGGGAAAACACUGGCCUCCAUUUUCACCACAACUUCUCACUCAAAAGUUCUUAGCCAAAGAUCUGACGCAGAGAGGGAGUCUUUCCUCAACUUCACUCUUUCGUCCAUACUCCAUAAUUCAGAUAGAUUUUGUGCGGUUUCUCUAAUUUCCAGGAAGCCGUGGCAUGGCCGAAAACCUAAGCCCUAACCUGAAACCGAGAGCAGCGUUUUCUCCACCUAGUCCGUUCUUCCUUGGCUCAAAUGACGAUAAUUUCGAACGUGCUCAAGCGCGCGCAGCCAGGGCGGCCGCCAUACGUCGCAAGAGGGUCAGCCUUGCUCAUACGCCGGCUGCUGAUCCUUGGCUUGACCAGAGUCAAAUCUUCGAGCUCUUCCAAAACUGCAUCAAGCUUGCAAGCGAAAAUAAAAUUAAUCAAAAGAAUACUUGGGAGCUGGGUCUGAUAGACCAUCUUGGAGAUAUAAUUAAAGCAGAGGAAGAAAAGGAUGACGAGACUAAUUUUCAAAAGGCAAGCUGUACACUUGAAGCAGGUGUUAAGAUUUAUUCCAUGAGGGUGGAUUCAGUUCACUCUGAGGCAUAUAAAGUCCUUGGUGGAAUUAAUCGGGUUGGGCAAGACAAUGAACGAGAUCCCGUUGUGGAGGAUGCCUUUAAUGAUAGGGAACCACCGACAGGCAAUGCAAAGAAAGAAAAACCAAAAAAAGUCAUCAACCAUAUCAACAUUGGAGUCAUCAUUUGAGACUCUCAAUACAAAGAAAUUUGACGUUGCCUUUGCUGUAGACCCUCUUUACCACCAGACAUCUGCUCAGUUUGAUGAAGGCGGUGCCAGGGGUCUCUUGCUGAAUAACUUAGGAGUCUAUGGGCUCUGUCGGGUCCUUUUUGAUUCAUCAGAAGUACCUUGCAAAUGUUCCCCUAAUACAAUUCAAUCUGCAGGACCAGAGGUUGCCGAUUUAUCUUUUGUUAAAGAUAGCCUUGAAGAAAUGGUACUAAAUAUGCCCAAGAAGGAUGAAAUAUCGCCAAGCCUUAGACAUAUAAUUCAUCAAUUUGAUGAAGAUGCACAGAGGCUAUCUGAAGCAUACAGCUCUGCCCAAGAUUCACUAGACCAAGAAUUUGAUGCAUUUGAGCAUGCUCCUGAGGUUGAUGAUGAUGAUUCAUAUGAAACUUAUGGAGCGUGGGCUAUGGAUAAUGAUGGUGAUGAAACAAUUAUAGGAGACCAAGCGACUUAUGAUGUUGGUCAAAGUGAAUCUGGGCAUCAGGAGGAUGUUGAACCUAUAAAUGACCAUGAUGCUGAGCUGGACAAUAGACACAACCAAGUUGAUGAUUACUUGUUCUUGAGUUUGGGAAUUUCAUCAAAAGAGAAUUCAUGGGCUGGUCCAGAUCAUUGGAAGUUUCGAAAAGCGAAAGAUAUACCUGCCAAGGCAGAUGGAUCGCCCCAAGCGAAGGACAAGAAAACAAAGAGCAAAAAAGAAAAACCCGAUAUUGAAUUUGAAAAAUCAUUGGAUAAAGAUUUGUCUCAUAUCUUUGAUCCUCCAAAAAACCCCAAGUCUCUACUUCUGCCGGCUAAGAGAGAGCCUGCGAAUAGAUUGCUUCCAGAAGAUUGCCAUUAUCAACCAGUGGAUCUUGUGAAGCUAUUUCUAUUACCUAAUGUAACGUGUCUUGGGAAGAAAACAAGGAGAAAAACUGCAGAAGUGAAUCAGCACAGAGAUGAACAUGAAAGAACAAUGCCAUCCUGGGAUGAUGAUGGUGAAUGUGGCUUUGGUGGGGCAUAUGAUGAUGGCAGUGUCUGUAGUGACAUUGAGGAUGAGAGCACUCUAGUCUCUCAACCUCGCCAGGUAAACAAGAUUGAUAUCCACUAUGACAAAACAUCAAAACAAGUUGAUGUUCAGAUACUCAAGGAAACACUUUGGAACCAUAUACAAGGACUAGUUCAAACAUCAGCCCAGGUGCAGGAAGAGAUGGCUGUGUCUUUCAAAGAGAUGUUAGAAACAUUUCCAGAUGACUGCAGAGCCACAGGGUCUAUCCAAGACAUAUCACCUCAUCUGUGCUUUAUAUGCUUGUUGCAUUUGGCAAAUGAGCAUGGGCUGUCUAUCCAGGGUUCUGAUAACUUGGACGAUCUCAUUGUUAAAGGGGGAACUCACAACGAUGAUGUCCAUGAUGUUGUCAAUUGAAAAUUUAUGCCACUCCACUUUCCCUCCUUGUUGUGCAUUUUUAGGCUUCUAAUUUAAAUAUCUGUCUGAAAUGUCUACUUUUUUUUCUCUGCGAAUGGCUAGAUGCCUAGAUAGUUGUUGCGAGAGACUUAGUAAUAAUAAUAUUAUUGUUGUUGUAAUUAGUUUUAGUAGUAUUUUUAUUAUCAUUAUUAUUAUUACAUUACUAAACUUAUCAAUAACAAUUAGUGAUUAUUCCUA